GGAAUUAUAGUCAAGGGGUGACGAUGGAAUGAGGGACUAAUUUCGACAUUUAUAUUCGAUAUUGAAAGAAAAAGCCAAAUUACAAUGUAAUCCCUGUAAGAAUUAUGCGCAAAUCAGAAUAAUUACUCUCUUUUAAGUUUUAACUUGCUGGAGCAGAUCCAACUUUACUGGCGUUGCAGCUGAACUACGGAACCGUUCAUGUCCGCAAGGCAAUGAUGGCGACAGAAGCUCCACCAAAUCUUUCCCAUCUAUUCCCUUCCAAAUGUGCCGGCUGCAUGUCAUCUCCACUACCUCCAGAAUCGUCAUCCUCGCCCGCUCCGGCCUGCUUUCUGCUGCGCAGCAACUGUUCGAUCAGAUGCCCGACAAAGACACCGUCGCUUGGAACGCCAUGCUUGCCGCCUAUUCUCGAGCUGGGCUCCCCUCUCAAGCCCUCUCCCUUUUCUACACAAUGCGAGCCUCCUACACGCCGACGGAUCCCUUCUCCUUCACUUCAGCCCUUGCAGCCGCCGCCGACCUUCGUCAUAUCCGCGCCGGCGAAAAGCUGCACUCUCUCGCUCUACGUUCUGGGUUCUGCAUUUCCUUGCCCGUCUCCAAUAGUCUCAUCAACAUGUAUGGCAGAUGCUUCCGCCCUUUGAACGCCAAUAAAGUCUUUGAAGAAAUAGAUGAGGGAAAUGAGGUGUCUUGGUGCUCUCUUCUCCAUGGCUUAGUGAUGUCUGGCCUUUUGGAAGAAGCAAGCAAGGUGUUCGAAGAUAUGCCAAUCAGAAAUUUGAUCGCUUGGAAUAUAAUGAUCAUGGGCUUUGCUUCCUCAGAUUGCCCAGAAAUUUCUAUAUGUUUGUUCAGAAAGAUGGUGAUGUUGGGUUUUAAAGGGGAUGUCUUAACUUUUACCAGUCUUAUAAAUUCCUGUGCAGAGCUAUCAGAACCUUUCUUUGGCCAAAUGAUCCAUUCAAUGAUAAUUCAAAACGGAUGGGCCAGCACAGUAGAGGUCAGCAACUCUCUUCUUAGCUACUACACCAAGUUUAGCUGCCAUAUUGAUGCCUCAAGAAUUUUCAAGUCCAUGGAAACUCGUAGCCUGGUCUCGUGGAACACGAUGAUAGAUGCACACAUGAAACUUGGCAACAUAGAAGAAGCUCUGAAAUUAUUUCAGGCCGCGCCAGAAACCAACAUUGUAUCAUGGACAUCCAUUGUUGCAGGAUUUGCAAGAAAUGGCUAUGGAGAGGAGGCUCUUUAUUACUUUGUGAACAUGCAGAGAAACUUGCAUUUACCUGAUCAAUUCACAUUAGGCGCAGUCCUUCAUGCUUGUGCCACAUUGACAGUCCUAGGAAAUGGAUUAAUGGUUCAUGGAUGCUCCAUUUGCCAUGGCUUCGAGCCAUUUGUCUAUGUUUCCAAUGGUUUAGUGAACAUGUAUGCUAAGUGUGGUGACAUCAAAAGUUCCAGUAAAGUGUUUGAUGAAAUGAAAGCAAAGGAUUUGGUAUCAUGUAAUGCAAUGAUAUUUGGAUUUGCAGUUCAUGGUUGGGCUCAAAAAGCUUUGAAUUUACUUGAAUACAUGAUAGCUUCUUCGGUCCUUCCUGAUAAACUCACUUUUCUUGGUUUGUUGAUGGCUUGUUGCCACUCGGGGCUUGUCGAACAAGGCAUGAAUGUCCUAUCAUGUAUGGAAUCAGUUCAUGGAGUUUCACCAGAUGCUGACCAUUUGACUUGUGUUGUUGACGUGCUUUCGAGGGCUGGAUGCUUAAAACAGGCAACUAUUUUACUUGAUCUUAUUGAAGAAAAACAUGUUGGUUACUGUGAGGCUUUGCUGAGUGGAAGCUCUGUCCAUGGAGAUGUGAGGCUUGGGAAGAAGGUAGGAGAGAAGCUAAUAGGAAUGGAGCCUGAGAAGGAUGUUGGGUAUGUGAUGCUGUCGAAUUUAUAUUGUUUUAAUGGGCGGUGGAAGGAUGCCGAGAAAAUGAGGAAGGCAAUGGGAGAGCAAGGGGUGAAGAAGGCUCCUGGAUGUAGCUGGAUAGAAGUGAGGGACGUUUUGAUGGUCUUUGUAAGUGGGGUUGCUUCUUUAUCUCACAUGGUGGAUUUGCAUAACAUGUUAACAGUGCUGGAAUCGGAAAUGAGAAAUCCGAGCUUCGUUAGCUUUGGAUUGAGAUCUUGAUACUUGUUUUUGGCUCAGGGAUUGCUUACACUCUCAAGUUACUUUUAGGCUAAUUUUUUAUUGCAGAAGGAUGAUAAGAGAUUCUAAGAUCUUGCAGAAGGGUACUUCUGAAGGUUUUAUAAUUUGAACUUUUGAAGGAUAUUAAAACACAAAUUGACCACUAAUAACUCAUACAACCAUCUCUCUGUGCAUUUUUACUCCCAAUCUCUCAUACAACCAUCUCCCUGUGCACAAAUUGACCACUAAUAACUCAUGUUAUCUUUCUCUAUAUGCAUUCUGAUACAUCAUAAAGGAUCACAAGAACAAUCAAAUUCUCCUCCAUAGUUCUAGUCCUAAUGACCCAUAUCCGGGACACCUCUCUCCUCAAUCCUCAUUGUAUUCAAACUUCAUUGUUUUGUCCUCUGUCAUCUCCAAACAUGAAGUUUGGCAUUGCUCGCUCGAAUAAGAAUUAUGUAGAUUGAGGUUGUUUUGGGUUACAGGCUGGAGUUUCUUUUUGCAUAUGAUACAACUAUUUUGUCUAUAAAUUUGUUGAACUCAAAGUCUAUUUUAUCUUUAUUGCAUGCUAGAAUUUUUGUGGAGGUAGUGAGAGAAUAUAACGUCGUAGCAUUGUACAAAGAUCAAAUACAUAGAUAGAUUAAAAAGUUUGUACAAGAUACCGGUGUUUUUUAAUAUAUGAUAAGAUUGUAUAUGACAUGAUCUUGUAUAUUUGUGAGAACAUGUUAUUGUCAAUAAUCAUAUGGUAGUGUUUUUUAAAUAUAUGAUAAGAUUGUAUAUGACUUACAUGAUAUACAAGAUAUUGUUCAUAUCAAUAGUUACAGGUUCUUAUAGAUAUAUGAUUAUUGUUUUUGUUUAAUUCAUUAAUUUUAGUUGUAGAUACUCGUUACUUGUUGGGCUAUGUGCUCAUUAAGUGAUUUUUACAUGUUUUCAAACAAUGAUAAGAAUUAUGUAGAUUAAGGUUGUUUUGAGAUGCAGGCUGAGUUUUUUUUUUUUUUUUUG